CCUCUUUAAAGUGCAAAAAAUACUGAAAUGCCCUUAAUGAAAAAAAUAUAACAACUUUCCACCACCCACCCUCACAUUUUCUCUCCUCUUUCCUUUCCUCUUUCUUCUUUCUUCCUUCUUCGUUCUUCUUUCUUCUUUCUUCUUUCUUCUCUCACCAACGUCACCACCACCCACACUUAUACCCAAUUUCAAACUCAUCAUUAUACUCAACCUCCAUCUUCUCCUAUCUCCUCUUUCUGCCUCUGUCGUCCCACACUCAUCCCCAAUUUCAAACUCAUCAUUAUACUCAACCUCCAUCUUCUCCUAUCUCCUCUUUCUGCCUCUGUCGUCGUCUCCGCCCAAUGUCAACACGUCGUCGUUUCUAGAUUGUGUUUUUUUUUUUGCCGCUAAACGCACUUUAAAGUGCGCCACCUACACACUUUGAAGUGUGUUAACUACGCACUCUAAAAUGCGUUAACUACUCACCUCGAAAGUGCGACCGUAACGCACCUUGAAAGUGCAUAAGUAACGCACUUUGAAAGUACAAGCAAAAUUUUUUUUAAGAGCCUUUUUAAAUUUUACGAAUAUAAUAAAUGUGAGGGUAGUUUGAAUAACAAUUCCCAAUAUGUUAUUAGUGUAUCCUAGAUGAUUGGAUAAUUGUAAAUACUUCUAGUUAGUUGACCAGGUUAGAAGUUUUUUUUUUUUGAAAGCAUAAGAUAUAGUAUUAAGCAAAGGCUUUGGGAACAAAGCUCAAAAUAGUACUGUGCAAAAAAAAAGUGAUUAGAAUAACAUUUAAUCCAUUAGAUAGAUAUAACAGAAUACUUUAUCUGUUUCAUAAUGAUUUAGUUACCAGCUCACACUAUAUAUAUCUUCGAUCUAGGAUGUCUGGGUAAAAAAUUAUUGGUUUUUAUGGACAAAUCUUUUUUGGGUUUUAGGGAUGGGUUAUGGGUUUGUGAAGAUUUAUAUUUUGUGUUUAAUGUCUUGAUUGAGUUUAGUUAUGGAAGAAUUAUGAAGGUUUUUGAAAAUUGUGAAGAAAGAUGAAGAUUAUCGAGGAUUUGAGUGUUUAAAAUGUAUGAAGGCUUGAGUCUGGGUAUUCUAUGUUCUUGGUUUUUUCUAAGUUUUUGGCUGGGUUAUUCUGGGAUAUGCGGGUUAGAUGAUGGAGAUAAUUAGAAUGAAAAUGUUGAAGAUGAAGAGGAUAGAAGAAAGAUUACGUGGAUGAUUUAACUUAGUGAUUAUAUUUUUUGGAUAUUAUUUUUAAUUAUCAAUUUUCUGUGUGGAAAUAAAAAAUAAUUAAAAAUGAUGUAUAUAAGGCUACGUCAGUUCCGGCAUGCCACUUAGCACCCUCGCCGGAGCUCCGCCUUCCGACAAGGACUAGAGUCAAACUUGGUGCAAUCAUAGGGAUGAGAAUAAUAUUUUUUUUCCAGAGAGGGACCAUGGUUGUUUACUUGUUUUCACCACUUCAAAACUUGAGAAAAAUGCUGAUGCUGUUUCAACUUAUGUGAGCAAAGAAAUUGAUUGGAAAAUAAUAGGGCAUUGCGUGCCACAAGCAUAGUUACUUAUAUUCAGUGUUAUAUUGCCACAACUCACAAAACAAAUACCUGCGCUAAGGAGGAGGAGAAGCCCUGAUGGUGCUAUCACAGCAAAAGAUCAGUUUCCCGAGUUUAGAUUGAUCAUAUCCUAGGCUAACUAUGAUUUUGUGCUUUCGAUUUCUAAAAGGCCAUUUCACAUGGGGUGGCGGCAGCCUACAAUGAUCCAUUCUUCAUGAUUUUCUAAGAUCAAUUUGAAUCAAUUUGCAAUGGCUUUUGGCAGCCUUUCCAUAUGCAAAUUGAUCUUAGAAAAGUAAAAGGCCAAUGUAGAAAAGAAUCAUUGACAUAUGAUAAAGAAUCCACCAUUACUGGUAGAUGGAUUCAAUGAUUCAACUAACAAAAUAGAAUGAUCUUGAGAAUUUAUGUAAAAGUCAAGAUCCAGCAUUAACACAUUGAUCUAGCCUUGCAAUCAAGAUCUCUCCAAUCCAAUCCAGCAUUAACACAUUGAUCUAGCCUUGCAAUCAAGAUCUCUCCAAGACAUCCUGCGGAAAGAAUACGAUCGAAUGAAAUGAUGACUAUGAGCAUAUUCAGUGUAGUGUGUGAUUCAAGUCUUUCAUGCCUCUUGUUAUUUUUUCUUCAAAAAGAAAAUUAAGUUCAGCUAGAGUCUAAACCAUAACUUCAACCAAAUAGACAUGCAUCAACUAGAUCAUUAGCCACUUUCACACAGUUACAUUUUCAAGUUUGCAGUGUCAGGAUCAGUAAUGUAGUAUAAUAGAUGAACAUACAAUAAAGCAAGCUGCAAAAUAAAGCAUUUGACUUGAACAAGAGAGUAAGAGAAGCAACUAAACUUACAUGAUGAGAUUCUUAGAUUAACAUGGAUUUGGAGUCAGCCAAAUUGGAAGCGGCCAACCCAACCCAGAAUAUGAAUUUCUUGAAUAACAAGGCAAAGGCUCAAUGCUCUGAUCCUGUAAUCUAAAUAUGCCCAAGUCAUGUUUCCCACACGCAUCGUCGCGAUUAGACUCAGAAUAAUCAUCAGUGAAAUAGAUGCAAUCAGCUUCACAACAUCCCCCAAAAUCAGAAGCAGAAAACGAAAGCGAAGAAUUCCCCCCAACAAACAACACCUUAUCUCCCAAACUUUCAAUCUUAUCCCAUUUCAACCCCUUCCAAUCCAUCUUCAAAACCUCGAACCGAACCGUCCUGUAAACCUGGUUUGAUUCAUCUCCCGCAUCAGGAAGCUCCUGCUUCAGCUCCCUACUGGCCACCAACAAAUCCUCCCCGGAAAACACAACGUAGUGAAUGUCACCGGAGAAUCUCCCCAGCGCCACCGUGUGAACAAUCUCAAUUCGAGGUUCAACAGAAGAUUCAACAUUGAUAGAAUAGGAUAUUAUUUAUUCUCUUUGUAAUUACGCCUGUAAUUAGGGUUUAAUAUUUAUUGUUAGUAAACUAGGUAAGUUGUAUAUAUAGGGUAUUUCAUUAUCAAUAAUAGUCACGGAAUUGAUUUCCUUCAUGGUAUCAUUGAGCAGGUUCAGAUCCUCUCUUCACAUCUGACCUAAUUUUUUUUUAUUUUCCUAAUUCUCCUUCCAAACCCCCCCCCCCAGCCGCUGCCUCUCUCUCUCAUCACAGCCGCUCCGCCGCCGCCGCGCUCCCCUUAUUCCAGCGCCGCCGCCGCCGUCGGUCACCUUGCUCCAGUCGGUUCUUCUUUUCCCAUCGAAGCACCCACCGCACGCCUCCAAAGGCCUUCUCCCCUUGUGCCCGCGUGCCUCUUCGAGCAACCCCUCCCGUGACCAAAUCCAACGACCGGACACCCAGCCGCCAGCGCCGGCCUCCGCCGUCCCUUACGCCGUCCCCGUCGGCCCCUCCUCUCCGUCGCUGCCCUGUUUGGCUGCCGCCGACCCGUCCAAGCCAGGACCCCAAAACCCGACCCGCCCUCCCCUUCCCAAACGUGUUUCUUGUUUUUUGUUUGGUCGACCGGUUCACACAGCCCGGCUCGACCAGACCGGUUCAUUAAAACCCGGUCCAACCACACCUGCAGCAACCUUUAAAAAAAAAAAAAAAAAAAAAAAACACAUUACUUAUUCUGUUUUGCAGGUUACAUGGCUACGUCCGCUUCAACCCCUGGCUCUCCGAACGGUGCCCCCACAAAUGACACCGCUACUACUGUGGUCACUCCACAUGACCCGCCGGCGUCUGCCAAGUCGGACUUUCAUCCGGCCCUUGCUGUCACCAAUAUCAAAAACAACAUUCCCUUCAAACUCGAGAUAGACAAGGACCAUUAUGCUAUGUGGGCUGAAUUGUUUGAAACUCAUGCUCACGCCACUCAAGUGCUCCACCACAUCAUUCCUCAAGCUGGCAUAGAGCCUCCUGCGCGCACCGAUGCUUCCUAUGCCCGGUGGGCCACUCUUGACUCUACUGUCAAACAAUGGAUUUAUUCCACCAUCUCCUUCGAUCUUCUCGCCACUGUUAUGGAGAAAGGUUCUACUGCUAUGGAUACUUGGAACCGUAUAGCUUCUCUGUUUGAGGACAAUCAGAACUCUUGUGCUGUCGCUCUCGACCAGGAUUUCAUCUCCACUCGCAUGGAGGAUUUUCCUAAUGUUUCGGCCUAUUGUCAACGUCUGAAACAUAUCUCUGAUCAGUUGAGGAAUGUUGGUGCCCCUGUUAGUGAUCAUCGUCUUGUUCUCCAGUUGGUCUCUGGUCUCACUGAGCCUUUCCGUGGUGUUGCCACCCUGAUCCGUCAGAGUGAGCCUUUGCCUCCUUUCCUCAAGGUCCGCUCCAUGUUGAUUCUAGAGGAAUCUGGUCUCGCCAGGAUGUCAGGUCCGACCUCUCAGACUGCUUUGCACACCUCUGCUUCCCGUCCACCGGCCUCCGUUGACUCCUCUCAGCAGCGCCCCACCUACCGCAGCGAUCAGGGCCACUCCAACCAUCGUUAUGGGUCAGGGCAAAAUCGCAAUUAUCAGGGUGGUUCUGGUAAACCUAGGAAGAAAGGUGGCUCCCGUUAUCCUGGAUCACCUGGCUCCUCUGGUUCCUCUGCUGCAUCUCCUCCACCCUGGCGCCCACCACCGCAGGCAUCCUGGAAUCCAUGGGGUUGGGCUCCUCCCCCUGGUUGGGCUCCUUCCCCUUGGGGCAUGCCUCCUUGUCCUUACCCCACAUCUCAGUGGUCGCGUCCCAUGGGUGUUCCGCAGCAACCCGGCGUUUUAGGUCUGCGUCCUCAGGCCUACACCGCUACUGCUUCUCCAGCACCCACUGAUAUCGCUGCUGCCAUGCACACCAUGUCCUUGACUCCUCCAGACACCACGUGGUACAUGGACACUGGCGCCUCGUCCCAUACUGCGGCAUCUCAAGACGGGGAUGCCUCUCCUGAGAUGUAACAGCCUCGGCGACCUCUACCCAGUCACUCGUUCCUCUCCCUUUGCUGGUCUUGCUUCUAGUGUCUGGCACAAUCGACUUGGUCAUCCAGCUUCCUCAGCUUUAAACCAUCUUAGGAAUAAUAAACUUAUUUUUUGUGAACC